AAGCUCAAGUUGAGGUGUGAAAAAUUCUCCUUUUCUCAACUUAAGCCAAAAAAGAAAAUGAACUACCAAAAUUUCUUUUUGAUGUAGCAUAAAAUAUAUUUAUGAUUGUAGAAUAGAGUUUUUGAGUUGAAACUAAAAUGAUGGUGGCAUCAUCUGCAGUCUCCCCUCUUUGCACAUGGUUAGUAGCAGCUUGCAUGAGUUCAUCAAGCGAAAAUAAGCAUUUCAAUGAAUUUUCAAAUUAUUUUCAAUACCAAAAGAAGUUGAGAAGAAGGGGGAAUUUGGUGGCUCUCACUACCAACAAGAAUCGGGGGCGAAUACAGUUGAGUCGAGCUCGUGAUUCAGACGAGGAGAAAUCCGCAGUGGCUACAGAGACACUUAUAAAAUCAAAGAAAAGAAGGGUUGUUGUAACAGGAUUGGGUGUUGUAUCACCUCUUGGGCAUGAUGUGGAUGAAUUUUAUGGUAACAUUCUUCAAGGCAUUAGUGGAGUUACCCAAAUUGAGGCAUUUGACUCUACUCAAUUCCCCACACGAAUUGCAGGAGAAAUCAAGAGUUUCUCAGCAGAUGGUUUCAUCUCAAAGAAGAUAGCAAAGAGAGCAGAUAAAUACAUGCUUUACUUAAUAGCUGCGGGUAAAAAGGCUUUAGCAGAUGGUAAAAUGAGAGAUGAUGUGAUGCAGGAGUUAGACAAGGGUAAAUGUGGCAUUGUAAUCGGUUCCGCCCUCGGGGGCAUGAAGGUGUUUAGUGAUGGUGUUGAGGCAUUGAGGGUAUCACAUAAGAAGAUGAACCCUUUCAGUGUGCCUUUUGCUACGACCAACAUGGGCUCCGCCAUUCUCGCAAUGGACCUGGGUUGGAUGGGCCCAAACUAUUCGAUUUCCGCAGCUUGCGCGACGAGCAAUAUCUGUAUUCUGAAUGCGGCAAACCAUAUCAUAAGAGGUGAAACUGAUGUUAUGCUUUGUGGUGGCUCUGAUUCCCCACUCAUUCCAAUAGGAAUUGGAGGAUUUUCUGCUUGUGGGAUCCUCUCAAGGAGGAAUGAUGAGCCCACUAAAGCUUCUCGUCCUUGGGAUAUGCAAGGCGAUGGAUUGGUUAUCGGAGAAGGCGCAGGUGUGCUACUACUAGAAGAAUUGGAGCAUGCUAAGAGAAGAGGUGCGACCAUAUACGCAGAGUUUCUAGGGGGAAGCUUCACAUAUCAUACAACACAUCCACUCGCUCACGGUGAAGGUUGUAUUCGUUGUAUGGAGACAGCAUUGGUCGAGUCGGGAGUGGACAGAGAAGAUAUCAACUAUAUAAACGCUCAUGCUGCAUCAACACCAGCAUUCGACUUAGCAGAAUACCAAUCUAUUAUACAUUUGUUUGGGCAAAAUACUGAGCUAAGAAUGAACUCUACGAAGUCUAUGAUCGGUCACCUAUUAGGGGCUGCUGGGGCUGUCGAAGCUAUAGCAACUAUCAAGGCCAUAGAGAAAGGAUGGAUCCAUCCAAAUAUCAAUCUUGAACAUCCGAUCCAAGGCGUGGAUUCAAACGUUCUCGUUGGCCACAAGAAGGAACGUCUCGUCGUUAAAGUAGCACUCUCUAACUCGUUCGGCUUUGGGGGACAUAGCUCGUCGAUUUUAUUCUCCCCUUGCUACAAAAACUGAUUUUUCAUGUAUAUGGCGAUUACCAUCCUAAUAACAUGCAAUGAUUCAAUUUUUUU